AUGGCGUCUGACCAGCCUUCCCUGAGCGAGCAGGAGGAGCUACAGAGGCGAGCCAAUCAGGUGACAGAUGAAUCGCUGGAGAGCACGCGCAGGAUAAUGCAACUGGUGGAAGAGAGCAAAGAUGCCGGGAUUCGAGCGUUGGUCAUGUUGGAUGAACAAGGAGAGCAGCUGGAGCGCAUCGAAGAAGGCUUGGAUCAGAUCAACUCGGACAUGAAGGAAGCGGAGAAGAACCUGACCGACUUGGGCAAGUGCUGCGGCCUGUGUGCCUGUGACAAGCUCAAGGCCUUCGAGGAAAGCGGUGCCUACAAGGCGGUUUGGGGCGGGGCGUCCGGACAAGACGGCGUGGUGUGCAAUCAGCCGCCGUCGUCUCGGGUGGUGGACGAGCGGGAGCAAAUGAUCAUGAGCGGCGGACACAUUCGAAGGGUGACCAACGACGCCCGCGAGGACGAGAUGGAGGACAACCUGGCUCACGCGGGCAGCAUCAUCAGGAACCUGAAGAGCAUGGCGCUGGACAUGGGCAGCGAGAUCGACACGCAGGACGUCCAGAUGGUGCGCAUUGACGGGAAGAUCAUUCUCAACAAGUCUCGCAUCGACGCCGCCAACCAGAAAGCAAACACCCUCUUGAAGUGCUGA